GUCCUCUGCCUCAGUCUGUCGUGUUAGCAGGUCUGGCGAGCGCCCGACCGCCUGUGCCGUGCGCACGCGGGGACAGAUCCUGCGUCUCCAGCUCGUCGUCGCAUCAGAGCCACUCGGGGGCUCAGCGCGCGAGGCUAGGGCUGGCGGUCUUGACUGGUCCCGCCGCCUGAAAGGACCGCAGACUUAAAGCUACGACGGCUUCCACGGAGCUUCUGGAAGUGCAUUCCCGCUGUCAGCUCGGUCAGAACCGUGGGCCCUGGUCUUUGUCUACGUGUGCUCUGAGUCUUAUACUUCAUCAACCAUAAGCCCUAUACUUGCUCUGCAGUGACAGCCAUGACCUACACCAUCCUCCUCUUCGUCACCAGGAAAUCAAACACCUCGCCCGCCGAGUUCAAAGACCACUACGAAAACGUGCACAUCCCCCUGGCCCAGCGACUAUGUGCCGGAGACUGGCCCUUCAAGUUCACACGUCAAUACCUCGCCCGCGUCACACGCAAAGGCUUCGGUGGGCCAGCCAACCCUGACAGGCCACCCCUACUGCUGCGAGGCGACGCCCAGGACAUCGACUACGACUGCGUCAGCCAGAUGGAGUUCGAGAGCGAGCACGCAUUCCAGGCCUUCUACAAGAGAGUCUACGAGAAAGACGUGGCGGAAAAGCUGGCAGCAGACGAAACGCAGUUCCUCGAGCUGGGGAAAACGAGGGUCGUCGUGGUCGGCGAGACCAUUUCGACCGAGCAUGGAGUGACCCGGACUGUCAAGAACUGCAUGCGCACUAACGACACGUCGGACAGCGAGGGCAGCCUGAGCGAGAAGAGCUGAUGAGUUCGACAGUCGGCGUGGCGUUUCGCAGAUUCUGUUUUGGCGUUGGGAUUGGUCAAUGGACCUUAUUGCCGAGAAGGAUUGUGGUGUAACUCUCGAUGCUCGAUGCUCGUUCACUACGGCGUCUCAUUGGCGCACGCUGCAUCAGUCAUGACGAUGGAGCCGAGUUCCUUCGGAUCCGGGCAUGUGCAUUGAUGACGGAGCUUUCCUGGCUAAAUGGUACCACCCGGAUUUCUUUUCCGUUAGGCUUGAUGAUAUCCCAGGUUUGGAGGUGCCCGUUCCACUGCAGCGAGAGGUGUAUUUUCCGGCCUCGUUUUGCUUGUUUUGAUUAUCGUACAGCAUAGAGGAUUUUUGAUCGCUGUAUCAAGCAUAAUUAAUCUCAUCAGGUGCCAGCCUGAGUACUUCAGAU